UCACAGGCUCAAAAGUUUUUUUCCACUGCUGGAACUUGUUGCUUGCUGGCUACAUGCUGCUGCCGUUGUUUGCGUUCUUCAUCAGAGACUGGAAGAUGCUGGUUCUUGGUCUUACACUGCCUAGCUUCCUGUUUGGGCUUUUGUGGUGGUUCAUCCCUGAAUCUCCUCGAUGGCUGGUCUCUCAGGGAAGACGAGAACAAGCUGAGGACAUUUUAAGAAGUGCUGCUAAGAAGAACAAAGUUGAGGCACCGCUCAUGAUUUUUAGUCCUUUGCCGGUGAGACAAAACCUGAAACUGAGAAAAAAACGAGCCCACAACAUCUGUGACCUGUUUAGUUCUAAUAACAUCCGCUGGAUUUCUGUCACACUGUGGCUGAUCUGGAAUACUGUGGCCAUGUCCUACUUUGGGCUUUCCCUGAACACUUCGAACCUUCAUGGUAACAUCUACUUCAGCUGUUUCAUGUCAGCUGUGGUUGAGAUACUUGUUGAUGUUUUAUCAUGGAUUACGUUUCGCUGGUGUUCCAGACGACUGACUAUCUCAGCCACCAUCACCAUGUCAGGACUGCUUCUGUUUGUUAUACAGUUAAUACCAGCAAGUCUGAUUUCCCUUGCUAUAGCACGCGAGAUGAUGGGAAUUUCGCCAUAGCAACAGAUUUGCCGUUGUGCAUACACAGCUGAACUCUACCCAACUGUGCUGCGGACAACAGCUAUGGAUGCCUGCUCCAUUGCUUCCAGGAUAGGCAGCAUAUCGGCCCG